AUGGAUGCAAAGAGGAACGUCCGCACGAAAUCUACCGAAAAUAUCAGCAGAAUUUCCGUGGCUAUUUCAGUGACUUCUUUAACUCUUGUGACAUUGUUGUUUAUGAGGAUCGAGUUUGUGUACAACAAUUCGAAAGCGAUGGAAACAAGGCUUGAAAACCGAAUUCAGCGGAUUGACGAUGACCUGAAAACUUACAUAGAGAGAAUAGUGAAGAAGAGGUUACAAAUUUAUGAUACUGCAUCUACAGCAAGAAGAAAGGAAAGGCCUGAUGUUAUCUUUAGUUUUGAAAACAAAGUUGGAAGUGUGUCAUCAGUUAUCCGUGAUCAUAAAAGAGAGAGAAGAAAUGUUGCUGCAGGAACAAUAACUCUGCAGCAAGUCCGCCAGGAAAUCAACAACAAGUUCAAUCAGUCCUGCAGUGGUAACAACAAGAUUUGUCAGACAGGACCUCCAGGUCUUCCAGGUCCUCCAGGUGCUCACGGGUAUCCAGGGUACAAAGGAGAAAAAGGAGCCACAGGGAAAACUGGCUCAAGAGGCCCUCCGGGUCCAAUCGGGGCUCCAGGCAUGAGUGGCAAGAGAGGACCUGUGGGACCUCAAGGAGUAAAAGGCGACAAGGGCGACAAAGGGUCCGUUGGAGCGCCUGGGAUUAGAGGAGAGACUGGAACGAAGGGUCGUCAAGGACAACAAGGAUCUAUUGGCUUAAAAGGAAGCAAAGGCAGCAGAGGAUUGGUUGGUAUUCAGGGACCAAAGGGAGAAUGUGUUGUUCCACUGAAGAUCAGUGUAUAUCCAGUAUCUCAGGAAGUCUUUGUGGACGAGCCUGUAAUAUUUUACUGUUGGGUUCAAGGCCAUCUGUCGUCCAAGAUAACGUGGCGUAAACUUGGAGGUACUCUAUCUAAUGCUACUGUGGAAGAUGGUGCGCUUCGAAUAAGCAGCGCACAACGGUCAAAUGCUGGGUCGUACAUGUGUACAGCUCACACUGGUUUAGGAAUGUUCCGAAUAAUAAGCAGAUUACUUGUAAAAGAACUGCCUAAAUUCACCAAUAGGCCCCCUACAUUGGUCGGUGCAUUUCCAGGAGCUAAUGUAACCCUGUGCUGCGAGGCCUCAGGCUCUCCUCGUCCAAAGGUUGAAUGGUUCCAGGCCCAAAAGUCUUCUAUCUCAUUUCCUGUUUUUCGGGAAGAUGGAUGUCUUCUAUUUAAAAUGUUUAAAAUAAACGACCGAGUAGAUUUCAUCUGCCGGGCUAAAAACAGCUUCGGAUUGGCAGAGACAACAACCAUGGUGAUUGCAGCACAAUUAAGAGGUUUGGAGCAAUCAGAAAUACUGGCAUAUAAUAUUCAUUACCUACGCACUUUGGGAAUUUGGUUAAAACCUGUUGUACAGAGCCAGUCCUCUUACUGGAAGCGGUGCUGGCGAGCAUCAGAUGAUGGUUGGGACAGCACUACCUUCCACUCAAAGUGUGACAACAAAGGGCCCACACUGACCAUUAUCCAUGUCAUGAUAGCGGCUGCACAUUCGCCUCAGUUAUUUUAA